CGCAAUCACGAUGGCUCCCAAGGAACCUUCCAAGAAGCCUCCCAACAAGCCGGUCAAGAAGAAGCCACCCAAAAGCCGAAGCCGCUUGUCAAGAAGCCCGUCAAAAAGCCUGGCAAGAAGGACCACAAGCCAGCGCCAGUCAAGAAACCCGACAAGAAGCCGCCACCUGCAAAGAAGCCUGACAGCAAGCCGCGGUCCGUCAAGACGCCUAACAAGAAACCUGAUAAGAAGACACCGCCCAACAAGAAGCCGGGGCCCUCAAAGCCCUCGUGGGAGUCGAUUCUCAAAAAUCCCUUCAAGAAGAAGUCAUCAUCUGACAAAAAGCCGGAUCCCGACAAGAAACCACCGCCAGCCAACAAGCAGCCCUCGCCUGAUAAGAAACCACAUCCAGACAACAAGAAACCACUGCCAGGUAACAAGAAGCCACCGUCAGACAAGCAGCCCUCGAUCGACAAGAAGCCAACAGCAGACGGGAAGUCAAUACCAGACGGGAAGCCAAAGCCAUCUGAUCCCGCUCCUGCGACACCAUCAUGGAGGUUAGCGCUCAAAACCCCUUCAACAAGAAGCCAGGUCCUGAUGGAAAGGCGCCGCCAGACGUCAAGUCAACGUUCAACAAGACGCCAGCCACUGUCAUCACCUGACUCGAAGCCAACGCCGACUAAGACAACACCACCUCACAAGAAGUCACAGCCUCCGAACCUACCUUCCAAAGCACAGCCAUGGAAAACGGUUCUCAAGAAUGCCUUGGACAAGGAACCAGUGCAGCAGGACCCUUCUGCAGGGCCAUCGUCCAGUAAAACCUCGUCUGAGCCACCAUCUGUCACUGGGAGUUUGCCUCGAAAAGGCAAAGUCAGAUCGAUGCCGCCAACUAACCAGAGCAACGGACCAACACCUUCUCCUCAAGAUCUACGAUUAGCUUGGAUGCUCUUACCAUUCGCUCCUGCUGCUUCGAGCGCCUUGGCUGGUGCCGAUACCCCAAGAGUUCUGGCAACGCUCUUGUUGAGUCUUCUGACUCUGAAUGUCGGUGGCGCUAUGUUGGCGGCUGUAGAUGUUCAUAAAGGGAAAACGCGUCCUCCUCCGCCAACACGUUUUCUUCAAGCAAAGUAUCCUCUUCAAACAAUGUGUCGUCGGGUGGCUCUUUUUCCUCAAACAAAGCAGCUUCGCAGUUCUGGAUCAAUUUCGACAAACAAUGCUUCGUCAGCAUACGCCGGUGGCUCGUCUUCUGCAAAUAACGCAACAUCGACAUGCGCAGGUGGUUCUUCGUCGGCACUCAAGAGUAGCAAUAGCAGCAGCUUGGAGCACGGCCAGUUCAUCGAACUCAAGUUCCUCUUCGUCAUCGGGCUCAUCAUCUUCGAGUUCAUCAUCAAGCAGUGGUUCUUCGAGUUCAAGUUCUUCCUCGUCCAGCUCGUCUUCCUCGUCCAGUUCUUCGAGCAGCUCAAGCAGUUCCAGUAG